GAUUCGCAAGCUGUGAAGACGAAAAAGUCGGAAGCAACAGCAACAGCAGCAGAAGUAGAAUCCGAAUCCGAAUCGACAAGCAACAGUUGGGAGAACGAAUCAUCGUGAACGCAGCAAUGGAAAAAGGCAAAAUCGAAAACGAGCAGCCGCCAAGCUAUGGUGAUUUGGCGAGUGCUCCAACAAUGCUACCACCACAGCAAAUGCCACAGCCAAUGCCGCAGCAAAUGCCGCAGCAAAUGCCGCAAGUAAUGCCACAAGGAAUGAUGCAACCGAUGCCACAAGGAAUGCCACCACAACAAACCAUCUUUCCCAUGCAGCAACAACCUGUUUACAUUCAGGCACCAGCACCAAAUUAUUUGGGCGGCAUGCCGACGAUGGUAACGUGCCCCUCGUGCCACGCUCAUCAGCAGAGCGUGGUCAGAUAUGACCCCAACACGAAGACACAUUUGAUGGCGCUCCUUAUUUGUAUCUUGGGGAUGUUCAGUGGAAUUUGUUGCUGUUGCAUUCCCUACUGUAUGGACUCCUGCCAGAGUGCCGUACAUCAUUGCCGCAACUGCGGCGCCUAUAUUGGCACCUACCAAAACUAAAUGAAUGUGAAAUGUGAACCAAAAACAUAACCACAAAACCAAUUUAAUGUGCUUUUAAUGGACACACUCUCUCGGACAAAAGUUCAACGAAUGACAAGAGUGAUAUUAUUGCGGUCAAUUAAUGCCGCAAUUUCUUAUUAAAGUCACAAAGUUUCAUAUACCGAAUGAACUCAAGAUAAACAAAAAACAAGUUUUACGAUCAAAUCAAUAAUAAUAGCAAACACCAAAAACAAAGGAAACCCAAACAAAAACACUCAUUUCUAUGUGAAGCACAACGAAUUAUUACAAACUGUAAUCAAAAAAAAUAAAUAAAAUAUGAAAUGUAUUAAUAUUAUUUGCUAUGUUUUAUGCUA